AUGGAUCACCAAACCUGUUUUCUUUUGCUAUUGCCACCAUUCAUCUUCUUCACCAUCUUCAUCCUCAAAACACUUUCAAAACCAAAUCCACCACCAUCUCCACCAUCUCUCCCACUAAUCGGCCAUCUCCACCUCCUCAACCUUCAACCCCUCCACCUCACUCUAGCCUCCCUCUCCUCCCACCUCGGCCACAUCUUCUCUCUCCGCCUAGGCUGCAAAUCCUUCCUCAUCAUCUCCUCUCCCUCCGCCGCCGAAGAAUGCCUCACCACCAACGACGUCGUCUUCGCCAACCGCCCCUCCUCCCUCGCCGGGGACCACCUCACCUACAACUACUCCGCCUACGCGUGGUCUUCCUACGGCCAGCUCUGGCGGAUCCUCCGCCGCCUCACCGUCGUCGAGCUCUUCUCCUCGCGCAGCCUCCAGAGAUCCGCCCAUAUUCGAGAAGAGGAGAUGCUUCGGAUUCUGCGGCGGCUGCGGAAGGAGAGCGGGAAGAGAGUUGAUCUGACUAACGUGAUCUACGCCUUCAGCUUCAACGUCGUGAUGAGAGGUAUCACCGGGAAACUGAUUGUCGGGGAGGAGGAGAUCGGGACGGAGGCGGGAAGGGAGAUUCUGCAAUCGAUGCGUGGGAUGUUCUCACCUACGGUGUUGAUGGGUAUGUGUGAUUACUUUCCGAUUUUGAGAUGGAUUGGAUACAAAGGGCUGGAGAAGAAGGCAGUGUUGAUGCAUAGGAAGAGGGAUGAGUUUUUGCAGGCCAUGGUUGAUGAAAUCAGAGAGGAGGAGGAGAAGAGGAGAGGCAGCAAUUUGAUUGAACGUCUACUGUCGGUUCAGGCGUCGGAGCCUCAUCUCUACAACGAUGAUGUCAUAAAGGGUAUUUUAGUGAUAAUGCUGACGGCCGGAACGGAUACCUCUGCCUUGACAAUGGAAUGGGCCAUGUCGAAUCUGCUGACUCAGCCCCGCGUGCUGCAAAAGCUACAACAAGAGAUAGACAAAAACAUAGGCCAUGAUCACCUGAUCAAUGACGCCGAUCUCCCCAAGCUCCCGUACCUUCGUUGCGUUGUCAACGAGACUCUGAGGCUGCACCCCGUGACCCCACUGCUCCUACCCCACCUCUCGUCAGAGCAGUGUAGGGUCGGGGGGUAUGACAUCCCCAGGGGCACCAUCCUGCUGGUGAAUGCCUGGGCCGUGCACCGCGGCCUAAGCCAGUGGGAUGAGCCGGAGAAGUUUUAUCCGGAGAGAUUUGAGGGUUUGGAGGCGGAGAGGGAAGGGAGCCGGUUCUUGCCAUUUGGGAUGGGGAGAAGGGCUUGCCCCGGGGCUGCCAUGGGCAUGAGGACGGUGUCGUUGGCGUUGGGUGCGUUUGUGCAGUGUUUCGACUGGGGAAAGGGGGAUGUUGAGGUUGAUUUUGGUGGAUUGGGUGUUACAUUGCGUAAGGCAAAGCCUCUUGAGGCUGUGUGUGUUGUGAGGAAUGAAGCAGUGCAUCUAGUUUAGAUCCAAGAGUUGGAUUGAUCAUCACUUUGAUUGAGGAUGUGGAGUUGUUUAUCUUCUUUUUAUUUGAUUUGGUUUGUGUUGUGAUAAUUAAGAGUGUUAGUAAUUCAACUUAUGUCUUGAUAAUAGGUUGGUUUUAAUUCUAA